ACACCGGCGGCGGCGGCGACAGAAGGGAAACGUCUUAAAAAAUUUUCUCCAGACUUUUUCUCUAAAUAAAUUAAUAACAAAAUGACGGCCGACUCUGUGCUUAGUAUCCAGGGGAAGAGGUCCUCGGGCACUUCCGUCAGAACCGAGAAUGUCAUCGCCGCCAGUUCUGUGGCCAACAUUGUCAAGAGCUCCCUGGGGCCAGUGGGGCUUGACAAAAUGAUUGUUGAUGAUGUUGGAGAUGUCACAGUGACCAAUGAUGGUGCCACAAUCCUCAAACUGCUGGAAGUUGAGCAUCCAGCUGCCCGUGUCCUGGUCGAGUUGGCUCAGCUGCAGGAUGAGGAGGUAGGAGACGGCACAACCAGUGUAGUGAUCAUUGCUGCAGAGCUCCUGAAGUUUGCCGAUGAGCUGGUGAAACAGAAGAUCCACCCUACAUCUAUCAUCGCAGGCUAUAAGCUGGCUUGCAAGGAGGCUUGCCGCUACAUCCAGAACAACCUUACCAUAAACACAGAUGAAAUUGGUCGUGAUUGCAUUGUUGCUGCUGCCAGAACAUCUAUGUCCUCUAAGGUGAUCUCCAUCGACAGUGACUUCUUCGCUAACAUGGUGGUUGACGCAGCCAUGGCAGUGCGCACAGCCGAUGGCAAGGGUGGCCAUAAGUACCCCAUCAAGGCCAUCAAUGUCCUCAAAGCUCACGGCCGCUCGGCAAGGGAGUCUGUCAUUAUCAACGGCUAUGCGCUCAAUUGCACCAUCGCAUCACAUGCCAUGAAGAAAAAGAUCACAGGAGCCAAGGUUGCCUGCCUCGACUUCUCCCUCCAGAAGGAAAAACUCAAGCUCGGCAUCCAGGUUCUCGUCAACGACCCUGCCAAGCUUGAAUCCAUCAGACAGAGAGAGUCAGACAUCACAAAGGAGAGAAUUGAGAAGAUCCUGAAGACUGGUGCCAAUGUCAUUCUCACAACCGGCGGCAUUGAUGACCUUUGCCUCAAGUACUUCGUGGAAGCCGGUGCCAUGGCUGUCAGGCGGUGCAAGAAGUCAGAUCUCAAGAGAAUAGCCAAAGCAACUGGAGCCACUUUCCUCACUACCCUGUGCAACCUGGAAGGAGAGGAGACUUUCGACCCCACCUACCUUGGCGAGGCCGCAGAGGUCUCCCAGGAGCGUAUCUGCGACGAUGAGCUCAUCCUUAUCAAGGGGCCAUCUGCCCGAUCUGCCAGCUCCCUCAUCCUCCGCGGUCCCAAUGACUUCUACUGUGACGAGAUGGAGCGCUCCAUUCACGACGCCCUGUGUGUGGUCAAGAGGGUCCUGGAGAGCAGCUCAAUUGUGUGUGGAGGUGGUGCUGUUGAGGCUGCUUUGUCUGUUUACCUUGAAAGCUUUGCCACAAGUUUGAGCUCCCGGGAACAGCUGGCUAUUGGAGCCUUCGCACAGUCCCUCCUCGUCAUCCCCAACACCCUGAGUGUGAAUGCUGCCAAGGAUGCCACAGAUCUGGUGCCCAAGCUGCGCGCUUACCAUCACUCGUCACAGGUCAAGACAGAGCACUCACAGCUCAAGAACUAUGGCUUGGAUCUCCUUGAAGGCCAGGUCCGUGAUAACAAGAAAGCUGGUGUGUUUGAGCCUGCACUGAGCAAACUGAAGCAGCUCAAGUUCGCCACGGAAGCUGCCAUCACCAUCCUCCGUAUCGACGACAUGAUCAAACUGGAGCCCGAGCCGACCCAGGAGAGCGGCUACCAGAGGGCGCUACAGUCCGGACAGCUUGGUUAGAUGUUAAGACUGUCUGGUUUGGUUGGGCGUUUGGUGGUAGUGAGGCGUCAAGGAGAUGGAGGAAGAGGAAGGAGGACGAAAACGUUUCUCAGAAGAGGAUGGACUGACAAUAGCUCCCUGAAGCCGAUGGAGAAUAAGAGGGUUCUUGAAGCUGCCCGAGAGGAAGUCCGUUUUAGGAGAGUUUACGAAGAAAGGCAUCGCAAAGUGUUUGCUGUGCUUUUCAUAUCUCUUUCUUUCUCUUCUCCGCUCUUGUCUCUCUCUCUCUCUCUCAUUCUCACACACAUUACAGCAGUUUCUUCGAGGCUGCGAACUUUUGCAUUUUUUUUUUUUACUGACUUUGCCGGAAUUUGGUGAUUGGUGCAAGUCUUCACCAUCUUAAAAGAAAAUUAUUGGAAAUUAGAUUAAUGCCUAAAGCUAACACUGCUUUUUUUCACAAUUUAAAAGGACUGAUGUGAAACAAGAUUACUCAAAAAUGCUUUAAUAUUUCAUGUACGGGUUGUGUACCACAUGAGUAACGCCAGUGAAAAAUUGAAUAUUGAUCAAAGGUCUUUAUGUUGUGACAUUUCCUUUAUAAUAAAUCCCAAGAAUUA